AUGCCGAACUUGUACUACAUACGCUAUGGACUCAAGUGGGAGCUCGGCUGCUGCGCGAGGCUUGCAUUGGGAGAGGAUCACGGUUGUUGUCAAGCGUGUCAAAUAUUGAGACACCGUGGUGAUCCCAACCUGGUCGCUAACCUGGACUGGGCCAGCGACAAGUUCGUUACCCUGCCACCGGACAACGCUCGCCUCACAGAUGAGCAGGUGUAUCAGAUCGUCAAAUCGGUUCCUCAACACGAACGCUUCGCCAAGUGGCCCGUCGCCUUUAACAAGGUCGGAGACAUCAAGGUCGCUCGCGAGCCAACCGACCCCGCACCCCUCGCCAACGCAUUUGGCCUCCCAUUGUUCUUUAUUUACAAGGAUUAUUAUAUCCUUUGUAGGGAAGCACAUAACCUGGCAACCGGAGUCCACCAAAUCAGACCGAAGGCCGCUGACAUCCUCAAAGGAGCAGCCGACUUCACUGUUGGCCCUGUGCUCGCGACAGCAGACUUUGUCGCUAUGCCGCACAACAUCAUUCGACAGUUUCAUAGAAUCACCUCUCUCUGCGCUACCUUUCCGAUUGCUGCUGAAAAAAGUUCGAAGCGUUAUGACACCGUUGGCAUACAGCACGAGCACGGCAGUCUCUACUGGUCGAACCCCUCCGAGCCAUCAACCUCUAUCAACCAACCAACCCAACAAGCAGCACUUAAACCUUGA